UGGCCACAAGUGAGUGAAUGGCCUUUAAAAGACAAGUCCGAGCGACCUUGUGCAAACUCAUUCCCGUGUUCAUGAUCCCUGAAGAGACUUGCUUGGAUCGCGUGUCAAUAUAUUCGAAUGUGAUCGUUCGACAAACAUGAAACAAAAUCCAGUGCUUACCCUCAUAACGUCGUUGACCUUUUUUGAAUUUGGAUUUAAUCCCUCCAUAAUGUGUGGAAUGUGCCAAUCCAAUUUGUCCUCGGCGAUUGUCUUGAGAUCAAACUCAGUCUCGAUCCUGAGUUUGAGCAAUCAUCAUGGCCAAUCAUAAGCGACGCAAGAAGCGACGUCCACGUCAUGAUUCUUAUCAUUAUCCUCGGAUAGUUCCCAAUUGUGUUUCAUGCCAGCCAUUUUUAAAUGGACCUUGGUUGAUACAAAUCGUGAUCGAGAUCGUGCUUCAAGUGAUCGUGUUUGGGCCCCACUACCAAGAUCCCACGAGACUCUCAAUGAGCAUGGCAGCACCUGCACCCUCCAGUAAGAGCAAAUCCUCGGGAUGGAUGUCGGACAUGGGACGAAGCUUGUUUGGAUUCUUGUCUGGUGGACCCCCAUCCUCCGGGGGAAAUUCCGGAAAUGCCAAGAAGGUUCCUCCUUCUUCGCCUCCUCCUUCUUCUUCUUCUCCUCCUUCAUCUCACUUUCCCAAGGAAAAGAAGGUGUCGGAUCACUUGCGGAAGCGCAGUCGAAAACGCAGCGUCGACAUCGUUCCAAGUCACCGACGACGACCCUCUCUGGUUGCGAAAGUCAAAGACGACUUCGAGACACCUCGAGGCUCGAUUGAUGAACGAUUUCAGUCAUGUUCAAGCUUGGCCUAUCCCGAUGUGAAUCAGAAGCGAAAAGAAACCGAGCUCGCGGCCACGGCCAAGAAGAUCUUUGCCGAGAUCCUCAGUGGAGACACUUCCGAUUCAGAACCUGAGACGGCGGAAACUGCCACCACAAUGGGUCAUGAAAAUGAAUCCAGUGAUAAGGAAGCGAUUCACGAGGGUGUUGAUGAUUUAAUAGCUACAUGUGGGAGAGAUAAAGAAGCCGAAACCGAGGCAGAAGCCAAGGCAGAAGCCAAGGCAGAAAACGAAGAAGAAGCUGCAGCUGAAAUCCAAGAGACAGUUUCAGUUACAUCCUCCCUUCCUACACCGCCGCCACCCCCUCCCCCUCCCCCUCCAGAAUAUUGUCAGUCACACAUUCCAGAGCCUCAAGAAGACAUCGUUAUGGGGAGAAAGUCGAAAAAGUCCAAGGCUAAAAUCGAGCCAACAAUAACGACAGAGGACCAGGUUUUGAGUGAAUUUGUGAAGCCUUCAAAGCUUCCCAAGAGAGAGGUGCGAUUGAGAUCCCCAGUGAAUGAACCGGAAAUGACCGUGAUUAGUGAGGGAGACAUCAUGCUCUCCAAAUCGGAUUCCGGCUACGCGGAAAAUGUGUUGGACAAGGCGAUCUUGGAGGAGGAUGAAGUAGACGACGCGUCAGUGAUGGCCACGCCCAAAAUCCUAGAUCUAGACGAGGCCAAGAGGAUGUUUGUCAAAAAAUUUGGAGCCGUUCAAGUCUCGCGGGGCGAUCUCUGUUUGGGCCAGAAGGACUUCAGUGACAGCGACGAUGACGACUACAAUGAUAGCAUAACUCUGACGAGUAGAAAUGGGGUGCGCAUGCGCGAGGAACGCAGAAGGGAAGCCACCAAAAAUCUGUCCUCGCGGCGAAGCUCCACAGACUCGUCCGAGGACGGUUUCAACCUCAACGUCAGAGAUCUUAAGAAUGACUUGCGGGACGUCGAGGAGAAGUUCCGCAAGGCCAUGGUGACCAAUGCUAGCCUUGAUAAUGAGAAAGCCCAACUCACUUAUCAAGUCGACCUUCUCAAGGACCAGCUUGAGGAGCGGGAGGAGCAAAACGCUCUGGUCGUCAGAGAACUUCGCGAGAAGAACCGUGAAUUCGAGCUCAUGAAGCGGAGCUACGCCGAAGCCCAACGUGCCGUUCAGCUUCUCCAGGCCCAAAUGGACGAACAAGCUCGACUGUUGAGUGAGCGUGGUAUGGUCCUGAUUGGUCAGGAAGACUGUGAUGAGGACGAGAGUGCGGCUGUGGACGAGAGCGAGCAGGACAAGCGAACUCGGGCCAUCGUGUCCAGCGAGACGGCCAACAUCUUGGGUACCUUGGGCCAAGGUCCCUUGGACGUGCGGAUCAAGCGCUUGGCGGACGAGCGCGAUGACCUCCAAGACUCGGUGCGUCGGCUCAAGUUGGACUUGGAGGAGGAGCGGAGUCGCAACUCCAAGUUGGAGAAAGCCCCCUUCAAUCCGGAGGAGGCCGAUUGGGAGACCAAGAAGCUCAUCGACGACUACAAGUUCAAGAUGCAGAAAGCGGAGCAAGACAUCAACACGCUUCAGACCAACGUGGCGCGGAUGGAAUCACAAGUGAUACGUUACAAGAGUGCUGCAGAAACGAGCGAAAAAUCGGAAGAGGAAUUAAAAGUUGAGCGACGGAAGCUCCAGCGAGAGCUGAGAGAGGCCACGACCCGUGUUGAGGAACUAGAAACGACCAAUAAACACCUCGAAACGCGCUUAGGAAAGCUGAAGACUGCCAAAUCCAAUCUUUUGAAGGAACUCUAAAUGAAGAAAAACACAAAUAAACACGAUACACUUUUUCCGCCGGCGCGGCAACAAACUAUUUCGUCUAUUUUGAAGUUGCUGCCGAAAAUUUGUGUCACACCUAUGUUGUCAACGCAUAGUUGUCCUUUUCGCUCUAUUUUUCGUAGAGAGCCAAGCUCCGUUAAAACCAUUUUCCGGCUAUAACAAACCCUCCACUCUGGUUGAGACUUAGGAACAUAAUUCAGGUGCCUUUCCAAUCAAUCAUGCCGACCAGUCCACCUUUUUCCAUUUCUUACGACUGUUAGUCUAAUGAUGCCCCCACAACAUAACCACUACUACUACUACUAUUGUUAAUAAUAACUGCUACUACUAUUUCGCUACCAAUAUUUGCCAAUACUAUCAUUAAUACUACUACUACCACUACUUCUUCUACUGAUGUUACUCUCGCCAACUCUAUGAUACACUCUUAUUAUAUACGGUAAUAAACGCCUUUCCAACUUC